GCUGACGUUAAAUAGGAUAACGGCCGCCAGAGAGUCCUCAUUCAGCCGGCGGCAGCGGAUCUAAGAGUAACAGUCAGCGAUCGGUCUAUCUCCACCCGGGACUCUCCUCACAAACACACCCCUAAGGUAAACACGGCACUGAGAGGGUUAAUAAUGCGUUAAUAAGGGUAUCAAUGGGUUAAGGGCUGGUACUGUGAGGGUUAAUAAGGGUAGUAAUGGGUUAAUAAAGGCUGGUACUGUGAGGGUUAAUAAGGGUAGUAAUGGGUUAAUAAGGGCUGGUACUGUGAGGGUUAAUAAGGGCUGGUAGCUGGAUGUCAUACUGUGAGGGUUAAUUGUAUUAAUGGGUUAAUAAGGGCUUGUACUGUGAGGGUUAAUGGUAUUAAUGGGUUAAUAAGGGCUGGUACUGUGGGGGUUAAUGGUAUUAAUGGGUUAAUAAGGGCUGGUACUGUGGGGGUUAAUGGUAUUAAUGGGUUAAUAAGGGCUGGUACUGUGAGGGUUAAGGGUAGUAAUGGGUUAAGGGCUGGUACUGUGAGGGUUAAUGGUAUUAAUGCCUUAAUAAGGGCUGGUACUGUGAGGGUUAAUAAGGGCUGGUAGCUGGAUGUCAUACUGUGAGGGUUAAUGGUAUUAAUGGGUUAAUAAGGGCUGGUACUGUGAGGGUUAAUUGUAUUGGGUUAAUAAGGGCUGGUACUGUGAGGGUUAAUGGUAUUAAUGGGUUAAUAAGGGCUGGUACUGUGAGGGUUAAUGGUAUUAAUGGGUUAAUAAGGGCUGGUACUGUGGGGGUUAAUGGUAUUAAUGGGUUAAUAAGGGCUGGUACUGUGAGGGUUAAUGGUAUUAAUGCAUUAAUAAGGGCUGGUACUGUGAGGGUUAAUAAGGGCUGGCAGCUGGAUGUCAUACUGUGAGGGUUAAUGGUAUUAAUGGGUUAAUAAGGGCUGGUACUGUGAGGGUUAAUGGUAUUAAUGGGUUAAUAAGGGCUGGUACUGUGGGGGUUAAUGGGUUAAUAAGGGCUGGUACUGUGGGGUUAAUAAGGGCUGGUACUGUGGGGGGUUGGAGGGCUGGUACUGUGGGGUUAAUGGUAUUAAUGGGUUAAUAAGGGCUGGUACACAAUAGGUUAAUAAGGGCUGGUACUGUGGGGGUUAAUGGGGCUGGUACUGUAGGGGGUUAAUAAGGGCUGGUACUGUGGGGUUAAUAAGGGCUGGUACUGUGGGGUUGAUAAGGGCUGGUACUGUGGGGGUUGAUAAGGCUGGUACUGUGGGGUUAAUGGUAUUAAUGGGUUAAUAAGGGCUGGUACUGUGGGGGUUAAUGAAUGAGGGUUAAUAAGAGUAGUAAUGGGUUAAUGAGGGCUGGUAUCUGGAUGUGGGAGCAGUAAGGUGGCUGGGCAGGUGGCUGGUGCUGCAGGGUGGGUCCUGGGUGGGGAUGGUUUGGGCGGCUGGAUUUGUAUGAACUUGCAUCAGUCUGGCCCCCCUCCCAUUGUAUGGUCCGGUCUGUUGGCCUCCCCCCUCCCAUUGUAUGGUUUGGUCUGUUGGUGGCGGUUACACCCUUCAUUUGAAACAAACUUGGUUUUGGCUUGUGUGGGCGUGGUUGGGAGCUGUCUGCCUUCCAUAUAAGGUCAUAGCAUGUCUGAUUGGCUGGCUGUUGGUGCUUCACUUGGGCGGGGCUGUGGUUGAGGCUGCUUCCUAUCUGGGAGGAGUCUGUUCUUGCAUUCCAAGGUUACUGCAGGGAUAGAACCUCUGCUGUAUGUACGGCCCCUGGGGGCUGGGCGGGUUGGCCGCCUGGCCGUGUGACCAGUCUGGGCAAGGGGGGGCUGGCCGUGUGACCAGUCUGGGCAAGGGGGGGCUGGCCGUGUGGCCAGUCUGGGCAAGGGGGGGCUGGCUGUGUGGCCAGUCUGGGCAAGGGGGGCUGGCUGCGCAGUGAUGAGAAUAUUCCCCAUUCAUUGUCACUGCAUGGCUACUGCCACCAACCAUCCUGUGAUAACCUACCACCUAGAAAGCUCUACAUCUGCUGGGCAUUAACAUCUUUAACGUGAUACUGGAUGCAAUUGCUGGAAUCUAAAUCUAAUCUUUUUCCCAAUAGUAAAAAUGGCAGAUGAAGAGAUUGCAGCGCUCGUCAUUGACAAUGGUUCCGGUAUGUGCAAAGCCGGCUUUGCUGGAGACGAUGCUCCCCGUGCUGUAUUCCCCUCAAUCGUUGGACGCCCAAGACAUCAAGUUUGUAAACUUAUUAUAUGAAUAUCACUGCUCUUUAUGUUGCUGAAUUGUGGCAGAAAAAGUCCAACUAUCCCUCUCUGUUUAGGGUGUCAUGGUUGGAAUGGGUCAGAAAGACAGCUAUGUAGGUGAUGAGGCCCAGAGCAAAAGAGGUAUCCUGACCCUGAAGUACCCCAUUGAACACGGAAUUGUCACAAACUGGGACGAUAUGGAGAAAAUCUGGCACCACACCUUCUACAAUGAGCUGCGUGUAGCCCCAGAGGAACACCCUGUUCUGCUCACAGAAGCUCCCCUGAACCCUAAAGCAAACAGAGAGAAGAUGACUCAGGUUUGUUCCUGGCCCUCUUACAUCGGGUGGGGGUAGCUCUUCAUGUACAUCAUCAUUUAUUUCUUGGACUCAAAACUUUCUCUCAAUAUUUUCAGGGCUCUGUUCUAUCCUGGCAUUUUCCCUCCUGAAGCCUCAGGUUUCUGUUUUCACUUGUGGUUUUAUUUUAUUCUGCUUGUUCUGUUCAUUCUAAACCAUUUUUGUUUGUUUGUUGUUUUUUAUUUUUUUUUUUGCAUGCACCUGCAUGGCUUGGGGUGACCACAGUAUGGGACUGCUUGUAACUUUUCUUUCUUUCAACAGAUCAUGUUUGAGACAUUCAACACCCCAGCCAUGUACGUUGCCAUCCAGGCUGUGCUGUCUCUCUAUGCCUCUGGUCGUACCACUGGUAUUGUGAUGGACUCUGGUGAUGGUGUCACCCACACAGUGCCCAUCUAUGAAGGUUAUGCCCUACCCCAUGCCAUAUUGCGUUUGGAUCUGGCUGGUCGUGACCUGACAGACUACCUCAUGAAGAUUUUGACUGAAAGAGGCUACAGCUUCACAACCACAGCUGAGAGGGAAAUUGUGCGAGACAUUAAGGAAAAGCUCUGCUAUGUAGCUCUAGACUUUGAGCAGGAGAUGGCUACUGCUGCUUCAUCCUCAUCCUUGGAGAAGAGCUAUGAGCUGCCUGACGGUCAGGUCAUCACAAUCGGAAAUGAGCGGUUCAGAUGUCCUGAAGCACUCUUCCAACCAUCUUUCCUUGGUAAGUUAGACUGGCAAUCCUGUAAUACCAGUGUGUAGCUCCCGAUAUUAAACUGGACUGUUGACUAUGUCUUGCUAGUAUCUUCCAUAUGAUCGUGGGAUUUUUUUUUUCUUACCUUAACUAAUCACAAUCUACCCUCUAUAGGUAUGGAGUCUUGUGGCAUCCAUGAAACUACCUUCAACUCAAUCAUGAAAUGUGAUGUUGACAUCCGUAAGGAUCUGUAUGCCAACACUGUCCUGUCUGGAGGUACCACAAUGUAUCCUGGCAUUGCUGACAGAAUGCAGAAGGAAAUCACUGCCCUUGCUCCCAGCACAAUGAAAAUCAAGGUGAGUUGUGGUCUUAAAGCUUUGCUCAAUGCAUCAAUUCUAGGAACUUGAUUCCAUUCAGUGUACUAACAUUCCCAUAUCUCUUGCAGAUUAUUGCACCACCUGAACGCAAAUACUCCGUAUGGAUUGGUGGCUCCAUCCUGGCUUCCCUCUCCACCUUCCAACAGAUGUGGAUCAGCAAGCAGGAAUACGAUGAAUCUGGUCCUUCCAUUGUUCACCGCAAAUGCUUCUAAACGGACUGAUAGAUGCAUUGCAUUUGCUGCGUGAGAUCUUGAAAGUAUUAAUUUGCCUUGGCAAAUGUGUACGCCUCAUGCUAGCCUCGUGAAACUGGAAUAGAGCCAACUUCCAAACGAACUUGCCCUGGGAAUCAAACUCUAAGUCACACUGUUCUCCUCUAAUGCAAGACUUGGACCUGUACCCUGUACACACCUCUGAGACAAACCCUGGUUGGCAAACCGUCUGGGUAUCCCUUAGUCUUUUCUUUGCGUAGAAAGAAGCAUUUCUGUGAAAGGCUGCCGAUCUGCAACAGUAUUGUAAAUGACACUCCUCCCUUUACGUUACAAGUCCUGGGAGUAGUUGAAGUUGGAGAUGUGUACAGGGUAUCUGAGGGUAAAUUGGCAAUUAAUAUUCCAGAAUUUCAUCUUCGAGGCUGGUAAGAGUUCAUGAAGGAGUUGUCACUUCUUCCAGCUUUUUUUAGUAAAGUUGGAACACACGGCAUCCAGGCCUUAGAAACCAGGUUUUUUGUUUUCCCAGUUUGUCUCGCCCAACACAUGGGGUCUGAAGCUACAAACCUUUAUUGCAGUUACACCUGUAAAUUUAUACAUCCAAGUUUAAUUUAUGUACUAUUUUGUAUGUUGCCUUAAUGUUCUCACUUGACAGUAGAAAACCAAAAUUUGUAAGUCAUCCUGACAAAUUGUAACUCCCAGAAAGAACAUUGUGUUAAAUAAAAAGCGCUGCAGUAAAUAACUUGUUUUCUUGGGGUUUCUGUACAUGGGGUGGUAUUGGGGAUAAAAC